AAAUCAUUGCUUUGUUGGGCUGACGCCGCUCCAUAUUGCAUCACAUAAAGAAGAGCUGCUCUAUAGUGACAUAUGCCCCUCAGAGUUGAAGAGCGUCGCUCUUUCCUAUCUUCACUGAUCAAUGGCUUCGAAAUCUUGCCAAAUUGCCCGGCAGUACGGCUACGACUUGCUGUUGGGAUCUAUAGCUGCGUUUUAUGUCUUCGCGGUACCAUACACCAAGGUUGAAGAAAGCUUCAACAUUCAGGCAAUGCAUGAUAUUCUUUACCAUCAGCUUCACUUGGACAAUUACGAUCAUUUCGAGUUCCCUGGAGUUGUUCCUCGAACAUUCAUUGGAUCUUUUCUUGUGUCAAUUUUAGCUUCCCCAGCUGUAUUAGCCAUUAAAUUAUUCCAGUUGCCAAAGAUAUAUGGACUUAUUGCGGUUCGUCUGGCAUUGGGUGGCAUCAUUUUGUCUACAUUGCGGUUUUUCCGUAAUCAGAUCAGAGAUAAAUUUGGCCAUCAAGUAGAAGCUUUCUUUGUCAUAUUGACAGCAGUUCAGUUUCACUUGCUGUUUUAUUGCACGCGUGCCCUUCCCAAUGUACUAGCUCUGGGUGUAGUUAACUUGGCAUAUGGAUAUUGGUUCAGAGGGAAUUUUUAUGCAGCAUUAAAUUGUCUGAUUUUCACUACACUUGUUUUUAGAUGUGAUAUGCUGUUGCUUCUGUGCCCUAUUGCUCUAGAGCUUUUGUUGACGAAAUCCAUUUCAUUGUGGGAAGCAAUUAAAUACUGCACUGGAAUUGCACUGCUGUCCAUAGGUCUCACGAUAUUGGUUGAUUCAAUAAUGUGGAAGAAGUUAAUGUGGCCUGAAUUUGAAGUUUUGUGGUUCAACUCUGUUCUGAAUCGGAGUUCUGAAUGGGGUACACAUUCUUUUCAUUGGUACUUCACUUCUGCACUCCCACGCUUAUUGCUUGCUGCAUAUCCUCUGUUCAUGCUUGGAGUCUUACUCGACAGGAGGGUUUUAUUCUUUGUUCUUCCAGUUUUCUCCUUCAUUUCGCUUUACUCUAAGCUUCCACACAAGGAACUCAGAUUUAUUAUCAGUUCAGUUCCAAUGUUCAACUUAUCUGCUGCUGUUGCAGCAAGCAGAAUCUAUAACAAUAGGAAAAAGACUUUAUGGAAAUUGCUCAAUUUCAUAAUGCUGGGAUUAAUUUUGAUCAGUCUAGGAUGCACCAUAAUAAUGUUCUUGGCGUCUUAUGGAAAUUAUCCCAGCGGUCAUGCAUUAAAAGGUUUACAUCAGAUGGGCCGUCUUGCUAAUACUAAUAAAUGGUGGGUUCACAUUGAUGCCUUUUCAGCCAUGAAUGGAAUAUCUCGGUUUUGUGAAAAUGAUUAUCCAUGGAGAUAUUCCAAAGAAGAAGAGAUUACUCUGGAUGAAUUUCGUCACAGAAAUUUUACAUACCUUAUCAGUGAGCACUCUUCUGUUGAUGGAUUCAAGUGUUUAUUUUCUGUAUAUGGCUUCUCAAGGGCUCGCCUUCAACUUGGUUUUCCACCCAUCAUCCUGGUUAAAGAGCCCAAGGUAUAUAUUCAUGGAUAUACAAGAAUCAAGGAUAUUAUGCAAAUAAAUUGGCCAGGAUGCUCUUGAAUAAUUUGAUAAGAGGUAAUGAGGAAGAGAACCUUUCAAAUGAAUGAGACCCAUGCUUAGUGAAGCUGCAAAGUUAGCAAGAACACUAAUAGAUCCCUUCCCUCGUUAAGUUAAUGCAGUACUUGUUUGUGAGUGAGGUGCUUCAUCCAACUGCUGCAUUGCUUGGAAUAGUAUAAUAUGUGGAUUUUUUUUAUUGUUGUAACAUGAUUUUGGCAGUAAACAUUUUCCUUUUUGGUGACUGUUUAAAAAUGUAUUUUAUUAUUAUUGGAAUGGAUUUAUUAGCUUUCAUAAAA